AUUUUUUGCUUUGCUUGUUCUUCUGAAUCUGCUCCUUCUCAUCAUCCCCAUAUAUUAUAUUAAGGUGUUGAGUUUAGAUUGCAAUGGAGAGUGAUGAACAAGUAAGCAAGAAGGACAUAAAGGUGGAGAUUCCAGCAGAUGAGACUGAGAAGUACGUGUGUGCCGGGCUCUCAAGACAGCUGAGCAUGACGAAGAACAAUUGCCUCUGCUCCCCCACCACGCAUGCAGGCUCAUUCAGGUGCAGACUGCACCGUGCCCCGAGCCUCCAGCGCACUAAAAGCAUGGACUGUCGUGGCCCAGCGUCUAAGGCAGGCUAAAUACUAAAUACUACCAGUGCUACUGCUGCUGCUGCUAUGUACAACCAAAGCUCAGUAAUUUCUAAAGAAAAAUAAGUGCGAAUUGUUGCUUAUAUAUAUAUAUAUAUACAUAUAUGUAUUUAUUAUGGCUCUUUGCUGAAGUUUGGAGUUUUCACCUUCUCCUUUUAUUCUGCUCUUUGUAACCAUUGUUUUUGUAUUUAGAGAAUUAAAGCAUGGCGUUUUAUCAAGUGUCUUAUAAUUUAUGAAA